CUCUACAAAGGGGGUUCUCUCCACAUUCUCCAUCUUUCCUCCCACUUUCCCUCUCUGAGCAUCUGUCUGCAGUUUACAUCUCUUUCUCUCUCUUGUCCCCCCUCUCUCCAUGUGUAUUUCUUCAGUUUCUCUCUCUCUAACUCAUUAACCACCUCUGUUUCGUUGCGGGUUAAAAUAGUAAUUCUGGGACUCUCACCAUUAUAUCCCUGAACUUGGAAUUUAGGGUUUUAUAGACUUCAGUGUUCUAUAAUCGUGCAUGGAGUUGGAAAGCUGAAAGAUGAAACCACUGAAUCCCCCUACUGCUCAUGAUCGAUUCGUAAUAAGUUCAGGGUUGGGGCUUUUCUCGAUGUGAGGCUUGCCUUUUAGGGCUGAUCUCAUGCCCUAAGGUUUUGUUUGGUAUUAUUACUCAACCAUGGUUUGGUGCAAUAAAUGCGGGAAAGAUCAGCCUACAGUUGAUGAUAACGGUUACAUAUGCUGUAAUAAAUGUGGAAGGGUUAUUGACUCAAAUUACUCCACAGAGGCAGAGUUUGUGAAAACAGCGGGGGGGCAGAGCCGACUAGCUGGUAGCUUCAUAAAUACUUAUGAAAGGGCAGGUUCCCGUGAAAUGACUUUAAGAAAAGGAAGAUACGAGAUAGAAGAAAUCAUCACUGCUUUAUCUAUAGAUGGUGGAGAGAAUACAAUAAAUCAAGGGCAUCGUCUCUAUACGCUAGCUGUUGAUAAGAAUUUCACGCGAGGUCGCAGAACAAAGCACGUUGCAGCUGCCUGUCUUUACAUUGUUUGCCGGCAUGAAAAGAAGCCAUUUCUUCUCAUUGACUUUUCUGACUUCUUGCAGAUAAAUGUUUAUGUGCUAGGUGCGGUAUUUUUGCAGCUUGCUAAGCUGCUGAGUCUUCAAGAACAUCCUAUUGUCCAAAAGCCUGUUGAUCCAAGCUUCUUCAUUCAACGUUUCACAGCACGUCUAGUGGAGUACAGUACAAGAAACACUUCUGGGGCUGCAUACCAAUUUAAGAAGAACAACAAAAUUUCUAAUACUGCAUUGAACAUCGUAGCUAGUAUGAAACGAGAUUGGUUGCAGACAGGGAGAAAACCAAGUGGAUUAUGUGGUGCUGCAUUGUAUAUCGCUGCAAACUCUUAUGGCAUCAAAUGUUCAAAAUCAGAUGUUAUAAGAGUUGUACAUAUUUGCGAGGCAACAUUGACAAAACGACUUAUCGAGUUUGAGAAUACAGAGUCAGGAAGCUUAACGCUUGAGGAGUUCAAUACCAUGGCUGAGGAGCUUAGGUUUUCAUGUCCACCACCAAUUCCCAAGAAAAAUGAAAUGUCAGAUGUGCUUUGUGAACACAAAGGUAGUGGAUUGCCACAUUUUGCUCAUGGACUUUGUGAAGAAUGCUAUCAUGAGUUUUGGAAUAUCUCUGGAGGUAUUCAGGGAGGGUCUGAACCUCCUGCUUUCCAGCGUGCUGAACAACAACGAAUGGCUAAUGGAAGUGCUGAUGCUAGGGAUAAGGAGUCAGAUGUCCAUAUCAUGGAUUCUGAAAGAGAUAUCAUGCAUCUCCUUGAUGAUGGAGCCAUGGAAUCUGAUUCUGCAAUUAAUGCUAAGGGCACAGAAAAUGAAGCAGCAGCCUCUAGAGACUCCGAAAGUGUUAAUGAAUCAUGUAGUACUGAAUGUCAGGAAGGAAAAACUCAUGAAAGUGGUUAUGCAUCCAUGAGCAAUCCGAACAUUGACAACCACCAUGAAAAACCCGAAGGCUCUCUUCCUAAGGAUUUAAGUGAACAUCAAGUGGUUGAUGAGACGGCACCUAAUGAAUUUCAGGAAGACCCAGAAACAGAUGUUUUAGCAUCUGAUGAUGAAUCAGAAACCCUUUCAGAUAUCGAUGAUCUUGAGGUAAAUGGCUAUAUCCACAAUGAGGAAGAGACGCGCCUAAAAACCAUAAUUUGGACAGAAAUGAACAAGGAAUAUCUUGAGGAACAAGCAGCUAAAGAGGCUGCUGCUGCAGCUGCUCGGGCAGCAUAUGAGGCUGAUAUUGCAAACUGUCAUGGAGAUGCUCUUGAACUUGCUAAAGCAACUGCUGCUGCUAUUGCAAAGAUGAAGAAGGAUAAGCAACAGAAAAGGGCUGAAGAAGCCAGGAAUGCAACUCCUGCUCAAACUGCAGCUGAAGCAACCCGCCAAAUGCUGACUAAGAAGAAAAUCAGUUCGAAAAUCAACUAUGAAGUGCUCAAUAAACUCUUUGAUGAAGAGACACCGGCAAAGGAUGAGGGUAAAACCCAAGAUGGUGAUGCAGAAGAAGUCCCGAGUAGUAAGAGACAACGGACAAAGUCAUCUCACGGUGAUUCACGUGCUCAGAAGACCAAGGAUGAGAAUGAUAGAGGAUUCGAUACUGAAGCCUUGAAUGAUGACAAUGGAUAUGAGGAACAGCAUGCAGGGGAAGAUUAUGGUUACGAAAAUGCACAAGGUUAUGGGAAUGCAGAAGAAGGUUAUGGUUAUGGGAAUGCAGAAGAAGGUUAUGGUUAUGGGACCGCCGAGGAAAAUGUCACGGUGAGAAGGCAAUUCAUAUGUAAAUAUACUCCAUGGCCAGCAGCAUGCAAGUGUGCUGGACCCAAUUCAUUGUAUUGCGGCUUGUAGGUACUUGAAAUAUUGAGGGUUUUUUUUUUUAUGGAUUUUUUAUUUGUGAUGACAAUAAUAUGGUACCCUUUUAAAUGGGAAAGGACGACACAAUUCAGUUGUGAAAUUUGAUUGAUACUUUAGUGGUUAGUUAUUCUGAUUUUCCCCUCUAUUUGUUUGAUGCAAAGUUGAUCAUUUAUUUGA